AUGUCCCAAAAAGCCACCAAUUCACACCUGUGUCCCUGCUGCUCUGACAGGGGCUGCAGUGAUGGGAGCAAUGCUCUGGGGGCUGAGCUGCUGGGCUGCAACUACUCCAUCCCUGACCCGCAGCUGGUCUGGAGGAUCGUGGCUCAGGUGGAGUUCUACCUCUCUGAUGAGAACCUGGCCAAGGAUGCUUUCCUCCUGAAGCACGUCCAGAAGAACAAGAUGGGCUUUGUCAGUAUCAAACUGCUGACAUCCUUCAAGAAGGUGAAGUACCUGACCCGGGACUGGCGCCUGACGCUCUACGCCCUGCGCUUCUCGGCGCUGCUGGAGGUGAACGAGGAAGGCACCAAAGUCCGACGCCGCGUCCCCGUCCCCGAGGCCCUGCUGAAAGUCCCUCCCAGCAAGGGCUGCAGUGAUGGGAGCAAUGCUCUGGGGGCUGAGCUGCUGGGCUGCAACUACUCCAUCCCUGACCCGCAGCUGGUCUGGAGGAUCGUGGCUCAGGUGGAGUUCUACCUCUCUGAUGAGAACCUGGCCAAGGAUGCUUUCCUCCUGAAGCACGUCCAGAAGAACAAGAUGGGCUUUGUCAGUAUCAAACUGCUGACGUCCUUCAAGAAGGUGAAGUACCUGACCCGGGACUGGCGCCUGACGCUCUACGCCCUGCGCUUCUCGGCGCUGCUGGAGGUGAACGAGGAAGGCACCAAAGUCCGACGCCGCGUCCCCGUCCCCAGCGUCCCUCCCAGCAACCUGCUGCUGGCCUGGGAGCUGCUGCCCCAGAAGAACUUCCUGGAGACCGUGACGAGGAUGUUCAGCCCUUUCGGGGCCAUCUCCUCCAUCCGCAUCCUGCGCCCGGGCCGCAAUUUGCCCUCGGACGUGCGGAGAUACACGGUGCGGUUCCCGGAGCUGCUGAGCAAGUGCUGUGCCCUGGUGGAGUAUGAGAGCCUGGAGAGCGCCCGGAGGGCCUUCGAGGACCUGGGCCACCAGGGCCACCCGGCCAGAGGGAACAUCAGGGUGGGACUCCCUCAGAACUUCCCCUCCUCGUAG